AUGUGUCCCUCAUCAUAUGUGUUCAUUCUCUCUCUCUCUCUCUUUUCUCAAGGUUUUCUACUCUCAGUUUCAAAAUCUCAGCAAAAGGUAGAUGGAGAUAUAUUGCUAACCACAUUAAAGCUACAAAAAAUUCUUCGAAAUGGAGACAGAACUGCAAACAGAGGAGCUGUGCCAUUGCUGAAGCAUUACAAGUCUGAAGACAGCAGUGUUUUGGAUGAAGAGGAUGACAGAAACGUGGACACAGGUUCCAGACACGACUUCUUAAAUCCUCUCAUGCCACUCAGCCUAGGUAGAAAGCAACAACCUUAUCUUGUAGUCAAGGGAGCCGUGACUUUUCCAGCUGAGACUGAAAUUCCGGGUAUUGAAUCAAUACAGGAAAGAGAGACUGCAGAUAAAGAAAAUUCAGCUAAAUUCCCCAUAGGAAGAAGGGAUUUUGACAUGCUCAGAUGUAUGCUGGGAAGAGUCUAUCGACCUUGUUGGCAAGUCUGAAAAUUAAUGAUCUACACCUUCUUCUUUGAAG